UGGUCGCCCUGAAGAGGAGCUGUGGGCCCAAACUUGCCUCGCCAAGGCGCUAGCCUGACAUUGAGAGUGCCGGAGAGAAACUCCGUUCAACGCCAAACCGCGCGCAUUGCAAGUACGGGACUACUCCGUACUCCGGUAAAUAUCCACUAUCCGUCACCCAGGAACAAAUCACGAGAAUGCCAGUCCCCACGACCAGAGAGGUUGUGCCGGGGGCGCUCGUGAACAUUGUUCUCAAAGCCGACCAGCGCACAGGUCGCACAGUUCAAGGCGCGGUCGCCCAGCUUCUGACCAGGGGAAACCAUCCGCGAGGCAUCAAGGUGCGCUUGGCGGAUGGCAGGGUUGGCCGGGUUCAGAGCAUGGCGGGGGACGCCGCGUUAGCCGGGCCGCUAGAUCAGCUUGGCGGCGAACCAGAGAUGAUUUUCGGUCCGGCGCCGGCGGGCUUUCCGCAGGGCCGCCGGGGAGGACGACGACACUACACGGAUAUGAGACAAGAGCCACCGCCGCCGUCCACACAGCCGGUCGGUCUCGAUGCUUACAUCAAGCCUUCCAAACGACGCGGCAACAGGGGGUCGAAGGCAGGCAACAGCACAAUUGACGACGCAAACGACGAGAGCUCGCUCGAAGCUCCCAUGCAACCUGCUAAUGCGCACUUGCGUUCCGGGCAAGACGAGUCGAUAUGCCCUGUAUGCGGCGACUUCAGAGGCGAUGCGGCAGCUCUCACAUACCAUGUGCAGACUCACUUCGACGACUAAAACAGCACAUGACAACAUCAUCAUCAUUUAACACGGACG